AUGUGCUCGGACAGAUUAGGUCAUCUUCCAGAACACAUUAUUCAUCACAUCCUUUCGUUUCGCGACACCAAGUCUGUCGUACAAACCUCUGUGUUGUUGCGAGCAUGGCGAAGUGCUUGGAAGCAUGUCGCUAAUAUUGACCUCCGUAGCGAUUCCUUCGAAGAGUAUCCAAGUUUCAGAACCUUUGUGUCUCAGGUUUUGUCGCUCCGCUACAAACUCAAUGUCCAGAAGCUGAGCUACAUAGAUUGCGGACCGCUCUUCUGCUGGGGGGAUGAAAGGAUUUUCAAGAUAUCAGGACCUCAAUUGCUUAGCUUGAAAAUACUGGAUAAUCUGCUGAACACCAAGGUUGAAAUAUCUGCACCGAAGCUCGAAUUCUUCAGUUUCUGGAAUGUCCUGGAAAUUCAUGAAUUAUCCAAGUUAAGCGUUCCUUCCUUGGUUCUUCAUGCUGAUAUUAAGUUUGCUUCCAAUGAACUGAGCGCGACUAUCAUCGAAUGGCCGACGCUAAUUGUGAUCGCCUUGUUCAAAGGUUUGAGCAAUGCGACAUCUCUCGUGCUGGAUUCCUUUAGCAUUCAGGUAAUCUGUAGUCUGACAUUGCUGCAAUAUAGGUGGCUGUCUUCCUGA